UCAAAAUAUCAGACGGGAACGUGGCAAAUCCCCUCUGGCCUGAGUUUUCUAACGCCCCCGUUGAAUGGGCGCGCUCUCUUUAUAAGACCACAAAACUGGGACUCUCUCUGUACGUGAAGCAGCAAGAGAUUCUUCAACAACGACUUUAUUUUGAGAGAGAGAGAGAGAGAGAGAGAGAGAGAGAAGGCAGAUUAUUGGUCAACGAAUAAUAGAAUCAUAUACUUAGAGAUCCAUUAUACACAUAGUGAUCAGAUUUUCUAUUAAUAUCAUCACAGACUUGUCAAUUGUGCUUUGUAUGGCAAUGAUCUCUUGACUUGUUUUACCCAAGAAUUUCAACUUUUGAAGUCUUCUUGAUUACCCAUCUGGGUUUAUUGGUUUGCGUUGAAUUUGAUGGCGGUCAAGGAGAAUGGGUUGGAGGAGCUACCUCCACCAUUGCAAAAUCUGCUUAGAUCACUGGCUUCAAAUUGGGGGCAUCUGAUUGACACAAGUAGGUUAGAAGUGGUGCGCUUAAGUGGCGCAAUGACCAAUGAGAUUUACAGGAUAAGUUGGCCUAAUUCAGAGAUGGCAAAUGAAAAUGACACCAAGACAGUUCUGGUCCGCUGUUAUGGCAAAGGGGUAGAGAUUUUCUUUAACCGGGAUGAGGAAAUUCGGACUUUUGAGUGCAUAUCGGAGCAUGGUCAGGGACCUCGGCUUCUGGGCCGGGUUCCUGAAGGGCGAGUCGAGGAGUUCAUUCAUGCUAAGACGCUAUCGGCUGGUGACAUCAGGGACCCCGAAAUAUCGGGUCUAAUAGCCGCAAAAUUGAGGGAGUUCCACAAUCUUGAUAUGCCUGGUCCCAAGAGGGUGUUUCUCUGGGACAGAAUGCGGAAGUGGCUGAGUGAGGCCAGAAGGUUGUGUUCUCCUGAGCAAGCAAAGGAAUUCGGUUUAGAUAAUCUGGAGGAGGAAAUACGCAUGCUCGAAAGGGACCUGUCCCGCGACUACCAGGAGGUUGGAUUUUGUCACAACGAUCUGCAGUAUGGUAACAUAUUGAUCGACGAGGAAACAAGGUCAAUCACCAUAAUUGAUUAUGAGUAUGCCAGCUACAAUCCUGUUGCCUAUGACCUUGCAAACCACUUCUGUGAAAUGGCAGCAAACUAUCAUACUGAUACACCUCAUGUCUUGAACUAUAAUUUAUACCCAAGUCCAGAGGAUCGUCGAAGAUUUGUGAGACUAUAUCUUAGCUCCGCAGGAAAGCUGCCCCGGGACACUGAAGUAGAGCGGCUUGUGGAUGAUGCAGAGAAGUACACUCUUGCAAACCAUCUCUUCUGGGGUUUGUGGGGAUUGAUCUCAGGGAAUGUGAACGACAUCGAGUUUGAUUACAUGGAGUAUGCCAGGCAGAGGUUUCAGCAGUAUUGGCUGGGGAAACCUAAGCUCUUGGGUAGCUGAACACAGAGCCUCCAUCGUUGGUUCAAAAUGGAAAUGUCAUCAUCAUCAGUGGCAUUAGGAAUGGUGGUGAGAUUCAAAUUAUUCCCCGCCACCGGCCACCGGGUGGUUUUUAGCUAGCUGCUCAAGUACCUUUAGAAAGGGAUUGCUUUAUUUUUGACCUGUUUGGAGGGCUCAUCUCCAUUCAUUCUGCAAAAGAAAUGCAUCAAUAAAUCAAUGGCGUUCAUUAAGGAAUCUGAGAAUGCUUCUGGUUCAGUCGUGUUAAAAAGGGUAGCAUUUAGUGGGUGGCAAGGGAUUGAUUGACCCACAAAUGUUGUUGGCCUACCAAAUAUGGCAUCAGCUUCUUCAUUGACAAUAGCAAAAGGGUUCUAUUGGUCCUACGAGAAAGGCAUCUUCCGUUCCGUGCACAUUAUCAGUGGCUGUCUUGUCAUAGUCUCCUUGUAUUUUACAUGUUAAAAAUGUUAUGCCAGUUUCAUCAUUAUCUUAGAUUUAAAAAAAUAAUAAUAAUAAUUAAACUGA